GCCACUGCCCCUCCUUCUGUUCCUCCCGUUAAGCAAAAACAACAAGUGAGCAGAGAUGAAGCUGUAGCGGGAAUCCAGAGGAUAUAUAAAUGAUGAUCAUUGAGAGAGUGCGUAGUCGUCGUUAUACAGAUCAGAGUCAUUCCACAAGAGAGUUUCCGUCAGAGGGUUGAAGUAAACGCAGAGAGCCUACCGGUUCGGUGUUUAUGAGGCAGAACAGCGAUGGAAGCGUCCACAGCUCACAUGACAACGCUGUGCACCACCAGCGAUCCUCAGGAAACGGAGGAAGAGGAGGAGCAGGAGGAGGCGAAAGAGACGGACGCCGGACCCAGCGCGAGCAGUGAGGACGACCACCUCCUGUCCCUGAAGGCCCUGACGGAGAAGCUCCACCUGCAGACGCGCAGGCCCUCCUACCUGGAGUGGCAGGCCCACGUGGAGUCCCCCAGCUUCGGCUCCACGGGCCCCCUGGCUGCACCUGCGGACCGGCCAGGGACCCAGCCUGGAGCCGAGGCAUCCCGUCCCUUAAAGGGCCCCAUGGAGGAGGAGUUGGGGGAGGAGGAGACCACCACCGCCGCUGCUACUGCUGGGGCGACGCCCAGUGAUGACGGGGGGAUCCGGUUUCCACCUGGGUUAUUGAGGGGCUUCGGAAACAUGGACGAGGCUCUUACUUGGCUCCGGAAAGAACUGGCUGACAUGCGCGUGCAGGACCAGCAGCUGGCCAGACAGCUCAUGCGUCUCCGCGCCGACAUCCACAAGCUGAAGAUCGAGCAGACGUGCCACCUGCACCGCCGCAUGCUGAACGACGCCACCUUCGGCAUGGAGGAGCGGGACGAGCUGUCCGACCUGCUGUGCGAGUGUCCGGUCACGCCGGGCCUGGGGCUCUCCGCCCCGCUCAGGCUCAUCGGCGUCACCAAAAUGAACAUCAACUCCCGCCGCUUCUCGCUGUGCUAGCCGCGACCUCCAGGAGAUCGAAAGACCUGCAGCUUGGGACGUGGGGAAGGGCUCUGUUUGGCCAUGGCAGUGGUCGUUUGGUUUCCAACCAGACCAUAAACACACACACACACACACACACACACACACACACACACACACACACACACACACACACACACACACACACACACACACACACA